AUGCCAGGGGCCGAGGAGUCGGCCUCCACGCUGAAGAUGAAUGAGGCCAUCAAGGACUCAUCGUGUUUGCAGCGCUUUGUGAUUCCUCCUGGGAGCACCGCCCAGCUCUUCUUGUCGCUGAUCAGCAGCUUCCUGAUCAUAUGGGACCUGAUCACGAUUCCCUUGGAGCUCUUUGACCUGCCUGACUUCUACAGCUUCCUUGUGGUAUUCGGCAAGGUCAGCUUUGGCUUCUGGACGGUGAACAUUCCGCUGCAAUUCAUUCUUGGGGUGGAGGUGCAAGGGAAGAUGGAAGUUCGACCACCUGUACUGGCACGACUCUACUUGCAAAGCUGGUUUGCAAUGGAUGUGCUUGUGGUGAGUUUGGAUGCAGUCCUGAUACUGCUCGAAGACCGGGAGGCUGGCAGCCUGAAGUCGGCACGCUUACUUCGCACCCUUCGCCUAUUGCGGCUGGUGCGGCUGCUGCGUGUGGCCAGAUUGCAGCACCAGCUCACUCUCCUGGCCAAUCGCUUCCUCUCAGCCAACUCCUUCAUGGUGAUGAAGGUGGUGGCUGGUCUCUGCGGGAUUCUUGCCGUCAACCACAUCAUCGCCUGCAUUUGGUAUGGCCUUGGCAGUUGGAGCAUCGACGGCCGGAGCUGGAUCGUGAGGAUGGAGAUGGAACAGGCGGGUGCCCUGGACUUUUAUGCCACUUCCAUCCAUUGGGCACUGACGCAGUUCACCCCCGCGACGAACAAUGUAGCUCCUGAAAAUGCUGUGGAGAGGAUUUUCGCCAUCAUAGUGAUCCUCCUUGCCAUGGGAAUGUUCUCCUCAUUCAUCAGUGCGCUCACAUCUACUGUGAGCGCCUACCGAAAUGCACGAAUGGAGCAGUUCAAUCAGCAAUCCAUGCUCCUCCGUUUCUUCACCGAACGGAAUCUGUCCACAGACCUCUAUGGCAAGAUCCGGGAGGUGAUCCAGAAAGAGAGGCAUGCCGGCAUCAGGUUGAAAGAGGAUGAGGUCAUGCUUCUGCAGAAGGUCCCCGAGGGUCUCAAGUUCCAGCUGCACGAGGAGAUGUUCCUGUCGCAUGUCGGCAGGCUUCCCUUCUGGCCUGCCUGGAGCCACUUUGAGGACCAGCACUUCUUCCGAAACCUUUGCCACGGUGCAAUGACGGAACGUGUGACAACGAAAGGGCAUGAUGCCUUCACUCCAGAAGGGGACUGCUUGGAGGUGUGCGUGCUGGAAGCAGGUUGCAUGUCCUACGAGCCUGCGGAGGGCGCACAUGCUCGGCGGGCCCGAGAAGGAUCCAUUUUCUGCAUGCCAGCCCUUUGGGCAGAGUGGCAGUACCGCGGUCGACUGAGUGCCCGCUACGGCACCUGCUACCACAUUGGCCUGGACACAGCAAUGUUCUGCAGGCUCGCUGCGCAGGCCGGUGGCCCUCUCUGGCAGUUUUUGCAGAUCUUCGGGUUCCUCUUGGUCAGCUCGAUUGAGGCGCUGGAUGAGCAGGGAGAGAUCGUGACAGACCUUUGCUUGGAGGAGGCGAAGAUAUCAGAGCUGGUCUCCCGGACACAGCGCUACUCCAACAGCAUCCAUGAAAGGGGCGGGCUCUUCCACUCGGCCUCGGCGCGUGGGGGUGUUGUGUCACCGCAAAUCCCUCACAUCUUGCUUCAGAAGGUGCACGACGUCAGGCAGUCUGAGGUAGGCGACAAGAAGGGGGACGGUACUGCAGCAGCAGCCGCCUCAGCCUUGAUAGCAGCAGCUGCAGUGAUGGUUGCUGCGGCGGUGGUGGUGGUGAACAGGAUGAGCCGCACAGCGAGUUUGAUGCUUGUGGAUAUGGACGAGCUCUUUGCGGAAGCAGAAGCGGAGGAGUCCCACGUGAAUGAGUUGGAGGAGUUGGAGCGUGAGCGAGAGCGGCUGAACGCCCAGCAAAGGCGUGUGGCCAGCACCACCCUCAUCGAGGAGAUGGCCAAGAUCACUGACUAUGCAGACCCAUCCCACACAGUCAUGUUGCAAGGCUUUAACUGGGAGAGCCACAAAGCCGGCAAAGGCAACUGGUACGGCAUCGUGGAGUCCAAGGUGGACAUGUUUGCGGAUAUGGGCAUCACGGACAUUUGGCUGCCGCCCUGCUCGCAGUCCGUAGCCCCGCAGGGCUAUUUGCCUUCGCAGCUCUUCAACCUGGAUGCAUCUGCCUACGGCAAGAAGGCUGCGUUGAAGUCCCUCCUCAGCAAGCUGCAUUCGAAGGGCAUGCGCGGUGUCGCGGACAUUGUCAUCAAUCAUCGAUGCGGAGACAAGCAGGACCACGAGGGCCGGUGGAACGUGUUCACCAGCACCGGCAUCGAGUCCCGACAGAGCUUCCACGGUAUCAUGGACUGGCAAGGCUGGGCCAUAACCCUUGGCGACAAGUUCUCUGAUGGCACUGGGGAACGAGGCCCUGGCCACUAUGACGGGAAGUUCGAUGCUGCGCCAGACAUUGAUCACGGCAACAAGAAGGUUCAGAACAGCAUUGCUGUUUGGCUGCGUUGGCUCCGCCUUGACAUUGGCUUCGAUGCUUGGCGAUUCGACUUCGUCAAGGGCUAUGGCGCCGAGUUCGUCGGCCACUACUGCAAGAAAAGCCAUCCUUCCUGGGCAGUUGGCGAGCUGUGGUUGGACAUGGAGUACGACCAUGAAGGCUUGAAAUACAACCAGGACAAGCAUAGGCAGGAUACCGUGAAUUGGAUCAAUGGGACUGACAAGGAGCACCUGGGCUGA